CCAACGAUGUCGUGGCGAUCUCAAUAACCAAGGUUGCGGGCAUUGUCAACACGCUAGUGUCGAAUGUGAUCGAACCAAUAUCCGUUUUCGCAAUGGCAUUUUCCUACCCAAUGAGCCUGAACUUGCAUUUCCAGAUCAGAGUAGCUGGCCCCAACUACAUGGCCAAGGUUUGUUUUCUAUUGCGCUUCCACGACGAAACUACUGAGAUCGCCAGUUUGUACUCGGGUGUGCAGCAGAGCACACAACGAUUUGCCGCUAAUGCCUUGACGCCAGUUCCAGCUCGAGUUGCAGAAAGCCAUUCACCGUCCAUCUCGUCAUUUUCCUCUCCGAGGUCAAUACAGUCUAGAUCAUCAAACACAUUGCAUUUGCUAACUGAAAGAGAAGCUGUUUUGAUGAGAAACUUUGUGGAGAACAUGGCCCUUUGGGCCGACAUCACAGACCCUCAACGGCACUUUGAAACAGAAGUUUCAGCCCGUGCAUUAAAAGAACCUUUCUUGCGUCAUGCGGUAUUUGCAUUUUCAUCGCACCAUCUAGACCGCCAGGAUGGCAGUGAUGUGGCAGAAGCAUUGCAGCAUCACAGUUGCUGUGUUCAACUACUCAUUCCCGCACUAUCUGAACCUCGAGAACAUAUUUCCGAGGACAUUCUUGCAACAGAUAAUCAAUUCCAUCUUACCGGUACGACGCACAUAUUGAAUACAGUGUCAACCUUUGGCUCCUCAGGUGGCUUGGGCGAGGCUGCUGCUUGGCUUUGUUUGCGUCAGGACAUCUAUAUUUCUCUGACAACUCAACGGCCUCUCCGAACCAAUUUGCGCAGUUUUUACCACUCCGAUGUUUUUCAAAGAAAUGACGACUUUGCAUGGUCUAGCCGCAUGGUCUUCCUGCUCGCCAAAGUUCUCCAAAGCGCUUUCACCGACUGUACGACAGCACAUGGCAUAGGAGCCGAGAUCGACGAAUGGUACUCCACUAAGCCUUAUACAUUUGAGCCUGUCAGGUCUGUUCCACGAGGUCUGGAGUCCGACCAACGAUUUCCGACCAUCUGGAUGCUAUUGCCCGUACAUGUCAUCGGCAUUCAAUACUUCCAUCUCGCCAAGAUCGUCCUGGCUGUUUCGGAGGGAUCGAACGCGUCAUCCGCCUAUGACAGUCUACGCCACUCGAGAAUAGUGGAGAAAACUGUUCGUCAUCACCUGCUCACAGUGUUGGGUCUAGCCCAUUCGAACAGCAAAGCCGAGAAUACACUGUUUACUGCACGGCACAGUCUAGUGGCCUGGGGAUGGGUCCUUCGGCAUCGCCUAGAUCAAAGGGCUGCGGAGGCUCUAUUACAAGCCAUGCAUGCAAGGACCGGCUGGAAUAUGGAUUCCCUCAUCCAGUCAUUGCGGGCACAGUGGCAGGAGGUGGAUGACAAUUGA